AGCCAUUAAGCACACCAAUCAAGUGAAGUAAUUCAAAAUAUUCCCCUUCCUUUAACAAUCCUAAUAAUCCGAUCCAAUCAUUAACCCAUCGGUGCCGAGUGCUCACACACAACUCUGCCGUGUACCCUAUCGCACAAAACCCCCCACCCCAAAGCAGAACUCUCUCCUUCUCUCGCUUGCACACUAGAAGUAGACUGCGCUACUUGGAAGCGGCGAGAAUAUUCCCCUGAAAGAAUCCACACAGGAAGAGAGAAAAGGACUCCUCCAUCCCCUUCUUCCCGAAACUCGUUCAAGAACUGGAUUGAUGGAGGCACCAGCGGCGGCGGCGUGGCAGCCACAGGAAGAAGGGUUCAAGGAGAUCUGUGGAUUAUUAGAGCAUCAAAUUUCACCAACUUCAACCGCUGAUAAGUCUCAGAUUUGGCAACAAUUACAGCACUUCUCUCAAUUCCCCGAUUUUAAUAAUUACCUCGCUUUCAUUUUCUCUCGAGCCGAGGGGAAAUCGGUGGAGAUAAGGCAGGCGGCAGGUUUAUUGUUGAAAAAUAACCUAAGAAAUGCUUAUAAAACUAUGACGCCUGACAAUCAACAAUAUAUAAAAUCGGAGUUGUUGCCGUGUUUAGGAGCAGCGGAUAGGCAUAUAAGGUCGACGGCAGGGACGAUUAUUAGUGUUUUUGUUCAACUAGGAGGGAUUUUGGGAUGGCCGGAGUUGUUGCAAGCUGUCAUUACUUGUUUGGAUAGCAAUGAUCUUAAUCACAUGGAAGGCGCUAUGGAUGCUCUGUCCAAGAUUUGUGAGGAUAUUCCGCAAGUUUUGGAUUCGGACGUGCCUGGGUUGUCUGAACGACCUAUCAAGAUUUUUCUUCCUCGAUUAUAUCAGUUUUUCCAGUCACCUCAUCCUUCACUGAGAAAGCUGGCAUUGGGUUCUGUAAAUCAAUACAUUAUGUUAAUGCCUGCUGCUCUAUAUGCAUCCAUGAAUCAGUACCUUCAAGGUUUGUUUGCUCUUGCUAAUGACCAGGCUGCAGAAGUGCGAAAAUUGGUUUGUGCAGCUUUUGUACAGCUAAUUGAGGUCCGACCAUCUUUCUUGGAGCCACAUUUGAGGAGUGUAGCUGAAUAUAUCUUGCAAGUCAACAAGGAUGGUGAUGAUGAAGUGGCUCUUGAAGCCUGUGAAUUCUGGUCUGCAUACUGUGAUGCUCAGUUACCUCCUGAGAAUUUAAGAGAAUUCUUGCCACGUCUGAUUCCGGUUUUGCUGUCAAAUAUGGCUUAUGCUGAUGAUGAUGAGUCGCUCGCUGAGGCUGAGGAAGAUGAGUCUCUCCCAGACCGGGAUCAGGAUCUGAAACCUCGGUUUCAUACAUCACGAUUUCAUGGAUCAGAUAGCGUGGAAGAUGAUGAUGAUGACAUAGUGAAUGUGUGGAAUUUAAGAAAAUGCAGUGCAGCAGCUCUUGAUAUUCUCUCAAAUGUGUUUGGAGACGAGAUUCUUCCAACGUUGAUGCCUGUUGUUCAGGCUAAGCUGUCUGCUAGUGGUGAUGAAUCCUGGAAAGACAGAGAAGCAGCUGUUUUGGCUCUUGGUGCUGUCGCUGAGGGUUGCAUAAAUGGUCUUUAUCCUAAUUUAUCCCAGAUGGUGGGUUUUCUUCUUCCUCUAUUAGAUGAUAAAUUUCCCCUCAUACGGAGCAUUUCCUGUUGGACAAUUUCGCGAUUCAGCAAAUAUGUUGUUCAGGAAAGUGGCCACCAGAAAGGCUACGAACAGUUUGACAAAGUUCUUAUGGGUCUUCUACGAAGAAUAUUGGAUACUAACAAGCGUGUGCAAGAGGCUGCUUGCUCAGCUCUUGCAACACUAGAAGAGGAGGCUGCUGAAGAGUUGGCACCACGAUUAGAAAUUAUUUUACAGCACCUUGUGUGUGCUUUUGGGAAAUAUCAGAGAAGGAACCUUAGAAUUGUAUAUGAUGCUAUUGGAACUCUAGCAGAUGCUGUUGGAGCAGAACUGAAUCAGCCUGCUUAUCUUGAAAUUUUGAUGCCACCAUUAAUUGCAAAGUGGCAGCAGCUUUCAAACUCAGACAAAGAUCUCUUUCCCCUGCUGGAGUGCUUUACAUCCUUAGCAAAGGCAUUGGGUGCAGGAUUCUCUCAAUUUGCAGAACCUGUGUUUCAGAGGUGCACAGCCAUAAUCCAUAGCCAACAGUUAGCAAAGGCUGAUCCUGUUGCAGCUGGGUUUCUGUAUGAUAAAGAAUUCAUCGUGUGCUCUCUAGAUCUUCUCUCUGGACUUGCUGAGGGUCUUGGUAGCGGGAUAGAAAGUUUGGUUUCACAAAGUAAUUUGAGGGACCUCCUCCUGCAAUGUUGCAUGGAUGAUGCUUAUGAUGUUCGACAAAGUGCUUUUGCACUCCUUGGGGACCUUGCAAGAGUAUGUACUGUUCAUUUGGGCCCCCGAUUGCCUGAAUUUCUUGAUGUUGCAGUCAAACAACUGAACACUCCUAAACUGAAGGAAACCAUUUCAGUAGCAAAUAAUGCCUGUUGGGCUAUUGGAGAAUUAGCAGUUAAGGUUCGUCAAGAAAUUUCUCCUAUUGUUAUGACUGUCAUGUCAUGCUUGGUUCCAAUCCUUCAACAUUCAGAGGAACUGAACAACAAGUCACUCACAGAAAAUAGUGCAAUCACACUUGGGAGACUUGCAUGGGUUUGUCCUGAGCUUGUAUCACCACAUAUGGAGCAUUUCAUGCAAUCAUGGUGCAUUGCUCUGUCAAUGAUACAUGAUGAUAUUGAGAAGGAGGAUGCCUUCCGAGGUCUAUGUGCAAUGGUCAGAACAAAUCCUUCUGGAGCUCUAAGUUCGCUUGUUUUCAUGUGCAAAGCGAUCGCAAGUUGGCAUGAAAUAAGAAGUGCAGAGCUACACAAUGAAGUUUGCCAGGUGUUGCAUGGUUAUAAACAGAUGCUCAGGAAUGGAGCAUGGGACCAGUACAUGUCUGCUUUGGAGCCCCCAGUGAAGGAGAAGUUAUUAAAAUAUCAAGUAUGAUGCUGUUGUGAUUUUUUCUGCUGGAACUUGUCUUCCGCUAGUGGGUUCUUCUGAGCGUUUCACCUGCAUCACUCAUGAUAUUCAUUUUGUGCACUUCCCUAUAUGAAUUGAGCUGUGAGGUAUUCUUUAAGAGGCACGGACCAGGAUGUUGCCAUGAAUUUUUUUUUCCAGACAUAGCAUUGGUGUUGCCAUAUUUCCUUGAAGCUUGAAGCUGCUCCUCUUCAAAACCUUGAACAGAUCGGUCGAAUCCUGACAGUUUUUGGUUUUAGAAAAACUCUCAAAUGGUGGUACGGGAAUGGUGUAAAGUGGUGCAGUUUUCCAAGUUUUUAAUACUCAAGCUUCUAUUCUCUCUUCCUUUUUCAGUCAGGAGAUCUUCUGUGUUUUUCAGUUUCAAUGGGAUAAAGUUUCGAUGUGAUUUCCACACUUUUUUUUUUUUUCUUGUACAAGGGUCUUAGACAUUGUUCCAAUUCUUAGAAGUUUCCCGUGCCACAUAAUCUUCUUCAAGGCUUGUAAUGAAAAACAGGACGAUGGAUUUAGUGAUUCCUGUUUCAUUGAUAGAGUUGAGAUUUGAUUUGUGUAGACGGUUAUGCAUCAUGUAACAUUCCAUCUUCUGGAAUUUGUUUGUAACAACUCCUAGUUUGCUAUUAAAUCAUAAAUUAUUAAUUACCUUGAUCA